GCCGUGCUCGCCCGGUGCCUGCCGGACGAGAGCGGCAGCUGCGGCCCGGUGUCUCCUGGGGAAGGGAGAGUUCCUCCCGGACCGCCAUGGAUCGGUUCUCCUGGACCAGCGGGCUGCUGGAGCUGGGAGAGACGCUGGUGCUCCAGCAGCGCGGCGUGCGUCUCUACGACGGGGAGGAGAAGGUGAAAUUUGAUAGUGGAGUACUACUGCUUAGCACGCACAGAUUAAUAUGGAGGGAUCAGAAGAAUCAUGAAUGCUGCAUUGCUAUACCUCUGUCUCAAGUCGUCUUUAUUGAAGAGCAAGCAGCUGGGAUAGGAAAAAGUGCCAAAAUAGUUGCUCAUCUUCAUCCUGCUUCUCCAAACAAAGAGCCUGGCCCAUUCCAAAGCAGCAAAUACUCCUACAUAAAACUUUCUUUCAAAGAGCAUGGACAAAUCGAGUUCUUUCGACGAUUCUCAGAAGAAAUUACACAGAGGAGAUGGGAGAACAUGCCUGCUGGACAGACCAUUCAGGUUAACAAGGAUCCACAGGCAGGAAGAGUGAGAGCUGUAGGAAUUGUAGGGAUCGAAAGGAAACUAGAGGCAAAAAGAAAAGAGACUGACAAAAACAUUUCCGAGGCUUUUGAGGACCUUAGUAAGCUAAUGGAGAAGGCUAAGGAAAUGGUGGAGCUAUCCAAGUCAAUUGCUAAUAAGAUUAAAGAAAAACAAGGUGACAUCACGGAGGAUGAGACUAUUAGGUUCAAAUCAUAUCUGCUGAGUAUGGGCAUAGCCAAUCCAGUUACUAGGGAAACACACGGAUCUGGUACUCAUUACCACAUGCAGCUGGCAAAGCAGCUAGCUGGAAUGCUGCAGACACCAUUAGAGGAGAGAGGAGGAAUCAUGUCACUUACAGAAGUGUACUGUCUGGUAAACCGUGCACGAGGAUUGGAGUUGCUCUCACCAGAAGAUUUAGUAAAUGCUUGUAAGAUGCUGGAGCCACUGAAAUUGCCGCUACGGCUUCAAAUAUUUGACAGCGGUGUGAUGGUGAUUGAGCUCCAGUCUCACAAUGAAGAGGAAAUGGUUGCUUCUGCUUUAGAGACAGUAUCUGAAAAGGGCUCUCUCACAGCUGAUGAGUUUGCGAAGCUGGUGGGAAUGUCUGUUCUCUUAGCCAAAGAAAGGCUGCUUCUUGCUGAAAAGAUGGGCCAUCUUUGCAGAGACGAUUCGGUGGAAGGCUUGAGAUUCUACCCAAAUUUAUUUUUAACACAAAGCUAAUGUAGUUUGUGUGCAUUUGCUAUGUAACAGUUGAACUUGAGAGCAGAGAGCGGAACCUUUUUAACAACAGACAUUGACAUUUUUUACUUUGUGUCAACUCUAACAGUGAUGAACAUUGCAACACUUUACAGUUCUCAGGUAUUUCGAGUGCUGAAUCAUCUUGUGUGGAACCAAAAGGAAAUAAGAAUCACCAGGUCAGAAACAUGUUAAUUGUCUUAAGCUGGCUAUCUCACAUUUCAAGUUCCAUUUGAUGUGCUUUGUAACUUCUCAUUUCAAGAGGAGUGAGAUGCAGAUUGCACAUGAGUGAAAAUGGAGAGACUACCCUUACAGCCUGCCAUGAGAGUCAGCACCCAGAACACAGGUUAUUGCAUACUCCAAUUUCAGUUAAUUUGUGUCUGGAGCGACAAAGCAGACAGAUGCAUCCGUUGCAUAAGAAUAGAGACUCUGGUGUGUAAGGAUUGAAACAGUGCAGAAUAAUUUGCAGAAUAACCCUGUCUCCCUGAGGUGAUGAAGUUUUUAAAGAAUAUUCUUGGUUUCUUUGAGACGUAAAGAAUCUGCUGCAGGAGAAAUUAACAUGUGUUAUGUGAAUCUAGAAAGCAGAUUGUUCAUUUUGUCAUUUUGUCAUGUCUUAUGCUACUAUCUCAGAUAGAAGCAUUGUUAGUAUGGACUUCCUCCCUUCUCUUUCUUUGCCAUCUCCCUUCCUGUCUCAUUGUGUUGCACUUUGGUGCACGUUCUCUGUCCUCUCUUUAUACAGCACAGUGUGCAAUAGCCUCCUGUCACUCCACCAGACUCAUUUCUUUUUGUUUGUUUGUUUUUCAUUUUGUACUUCUAAUGAAAGAUCAGCAGUUAGCUUCAUCAGCCCAUUGCCUGUUUUGGAGAGACAGUGCAUUUCUUUAUGUCUCGUACACCAAAAUUAAUGUGCUUUCAAUAUCAAAGGGGAGAAGAAGGCUAUCAACCUAUGUCUGAUAGUCACAAGGUGUCUUUUUGUUUGGUAUUCCUCUCCCUGUUUUCAGACUGGAUGCAAUUUGAUAGCCUCAGCUUUUGUAACUCCAGUGGAGUUGUUACGGUACUUGGAAAUGUGUUGUGGUGGUAAUAGCAGUAAGUGGAUGUUUAUGAUCCACAUCACUUACAUUGUCAGCUUUCUGAAUGGGCUGGUUUCAGUAGAUAAAAAAAAUCGUUCAAGUUAUGGGCAAAGACAAUAAGUAUGCAACUGUGUUAUAACUGGGGCAGUGGAAUUGGCAUUAAGCAAAGGAGAGAGGUUUUUUUUAACAGCCUGAAAAUAUUUUCAGAACUAUUUCAGUGUUACCACAGCUUAGACAUGUUUAAGAACCUGCCAAUAAUGAGCUCAAUGUGGACAUCCUUAUACUAAUAAUGCUUUUGAUUUGCCAGAUGCUCAUUUAGAUCCAGAGAACUGUGUCCUCUUUGUCACGAGUAAAGUUGUGUGCAGUGCUUUCCUUACAGCAGGUUUCCUCUGUGUUUCAUGAAGGUGCUAAAAAUAAUGGAUUUGACACAGCUGAAAGAAAAUGGUUCCACCCUGUUCUUAUUCUGUUAACCAGCUAAUAUCAUCUCUUCAGGAGCCUUAUGGCCUGCUGCUUUUCUUCAUUUUCCCCACAACACACAGAAGAGAUCUGUGUGGGUAUCUCAGGCAGUGUGCGUCUAAGGGAAGACUGGAAAUUGAGAAAUACAGAAGCAGAAAGCUGCUGUUUCUCUUGCUUGGUACUCACACCUGCCCCAGAGAAACCAGGAGUUUAUGGGCCCAAACCUCUCCCACAGGGGGGAUAUGCUCUGUCAGAAAGCACAAAAUCAGAAAGGAAGUGCCGAGAGUAAACUCCUAGUCUCCAUUACUCCAACCCAGAGCAUUUAAUUAUCUUAAUCGAGUAAUAACAGUAGGUUGUAUUUAGAAUGAUGGUAUCUUCUUGAGAUUUUCUUUCCCAGUAUUUUCCUUGAAAUAUUUUAUUUUGGUAGGGAAGAAAUCUAGAAGCUAAAUUGUAUAUAGCUGGUUUAGAGUUGAAAUACACAAAAGAAAAUGACCACUGAAAUUAGUAACAAUUAAAAGAUUUUUCUUAAGUAGA